AUGGAUGGAAAAAGCUCUGUGUAUGACUAUACCGUCGCCCAGUGUCCGUCAAUAGUUGGAUGUUUGUGGACAGUGACUGAUGGAGAAAUCGAUCGAUACUUCAUGGCGCUUGUGGAUUUGUGCUUUUCAUCUGAUGCGAAUCGCACGUUGACGGGUACCGAUGGAACGGACAGUCGACUUCGAGUCCUCGUGGAAGCGAUGCAUCGAGCUAAAUCCCGAUGUAAAUUACCGUAUCUCACCGGAGCCUCAGUUGUUUCUUACGGUAUUCCGGUAGUUGCUAUGGAAUAA